AUGAGAUUGCAGCCUGCAGUAUGGUUGCUGACCGUACUGCUGCACACAACAUCUGCUAUCUUCUCCGAUGAUGCCUUCGUAGUGGACUAUCAUCACGCACUCGUUGGUACUCCCCAGUCCCACGCAACACUAUUCCACAAGCCGCAGUCAUCCUCGAAUGCCUCACUCAUAUACACAAUCUCCGACAAGCACGUACUCGCUGCGAUCAAUCCAAAGGAUGGAACUGUACUAUGGCGGCAAGUGCUCGAGUCGGAAUCGAAGCAUGAGCACAGCUACCUGGCCGUUGGCGAAAGAGAUGGUCAGAUAGUUAGUGGAUAUGGCACCACAGUCAGCUCCUGGGAUGCGCUGGACGGCAAGUUAAGAUGGCAGUACGACGUGGAAGCCGGAUCAGUGGUCAAAGGUCUACAGCUCGUGCCUUCUGCAGACUCGAUCAACACAGAUGCGCAAGACGUCGUAGCGGUCGCAGGAGGAGAAUCUGGACCGUCGGUCGUCCGUCUCGCAGGCGAUGGCAGCGGCAGGAGAUGGAUCCACCAAGAUUCUAGCUCAAAGGGCGACUCUGAGGUAACAGUAGCGGCAACGACGGGUUCCAUAUUCUACAUUGUGAAGUCGAAGGGUAUCCUGACGAUCGAUUCUGAUUCGCUUGUUGGCGGCGCUCAACUUGUUGCCGGAUCAUGCACCGGCGCCCCAUUCGUGGUUUCUGCCGAGAAACCAUACAAGACAAUCAGAUUCAACCUUCUCGGGAGUAGCAAGCAGACGUCCUUGACACUAGAGGAUAAAGCGGGCGAGAUCCUGUCGUUGAAAGUACUUACGCCUUGUGGAGAGCAGGCUCCACCACACUUCUUGAUCCAUGCUCAGACUGGUACUAAGCAGUGGGCUGAGAUAUAUCACAUCGACGGCAAGACAGGCGAAGCCAAGAGAGCAUAUUCUCUGCCAGCCACAGCGGAAAGCAGCGCUUUCGCGUUGCAAAGCUCUGGCUCGGAUGCCUACGUUGUAAGGACGACCGAUACAGAGAUUACUCUCUACUCCAGCUCUUCUCACGGCGAAUUGGGCCGCUGGAAACGCCAGAUCGCUACGCUGUCUGCCUCGUCAUCGAUUGGUCCGGAAUUCGUUGCUGCCGAAGUAGUCAGUGGCGCGAAAGGAUAUGCUGUGAGAGUGGCAGAGAUUGGCAAGGAUGGAUCUCUGUCCCUCCUUCGAAAUGGCGAGUUGCAAUGGAGCUGGAUUGAUGCUCCGUCCCAGAGUGCACUGAUCGACGAACUCGAGACGGAAGCAUUUGCUUCUCCGGUAACUGCAUAUACGCACAGGCUACGCCGCCAUUUCCAGGACCUACAAAGCCUCCCGCAAUUCGUCACAGGACUAGUCAAGAACUUGAUCGCGGCGCCUACGGCUGGUGUCACUGACGCAAGACGAAGAUUGGUCGGUGAGAGAACAGUCGUGCUUGCUACGACCAAGAACGAACUCAUCGCGGUAGAUGCGAGCAGCGCUGGGUCCGUAACGUGGCAGACUGAUCUGAAGCCCCACAUACCAGCGAGUGUCGGUUUUGUUCAUCUGGCCGCUUCUGACGGCAAAAUUACGGUCUAUCUCUCCGACGGAUCACUUGCCGUUGUCGAUGCAGCCACAGGUGUGUUCAUCGAGUUCUUGCAGGGCACCGUGCCUGCUAGCAGAAUCGUUGAAGUCCCCUCUUCUGGUGCUCCUGUCAUAGCCAAAGUGGAUGCCAAUGGCAAGCCGCAUCUAGCGUCCGACUUUGCGCCGGCCGUUGGUACCGAAGGCAACAUUGUUGUCACACUCAGCGAGGCUGGCAGCGCGUUUGGCUGGACCGUGGGCAAAGACGUCCGCCGCACCUGGACCUUGCAAGCAAGGAAUGGUGAGAAAUUUGUCUCUGCUGUAUCUAGGCCACACAAAGAUGCCGUGGCCUCUAUCGGCAAAGUACUUGGUGACCGCUCUGUGCUCUACAAGUAUGUCUCACCAAAUCUAGCUGUGCUCACUUCAGCAUCAGCUACGACAUUCUCUCUGUACCUGAUCGAUGCAGUGACUGGAUCGACUCUCUACACCACCUCUCACUCUGGUGGCUUCAACAGGGCUUCACCAUCAGUCGUUCUGUCAGAAAACUGGUUUGCGUACUCUUUCAGCUCGCAGGAUCCGGAUACAUUGGCUUUGAAUACACAACUGAUCAUUGCCGAGUUGUACGAAUCGGCUAAUCCGAACGACAGAGGUGCGCUAGCGGCUCAGACCAACUACUCUUCAUACUCGCCAUCGGCCGGCACUCUGCCUCAUGUCAUCACCCAGUCAUUCACCGUGUCGGAGCCGUUGACCCAUCUUGCAGUCACACAAACUUCACAGGGCAUCACAACCCGCCAGCUGUUGGCAGUUCUUGCGAACUCGAACGGCAUAGCGUCCAUUCCGAGGGAGAUCUUGAAUGCACGGCGGCCAGUAGAUCGAGAUCCCACGAACAACGAGAAAGAGGAGGGUCUUUUCAGAUACAACCCUAUCUUGGAGCUGGAGCCUAGAAACCUGCUCAGCCAUAGCCGAGAAGUUUUAGGCGUCAAGGAAAUCAUCACCUCGGACUCGCUGCUGGAAUCCACCAGCUUGGUAUUUGCCUACGGACAUGAUGUCUUUGGCACGAGUGUCACACCUAGUGGCGCAUUCGACAUCCUCGGCAAGGGCUUCAAUAGGAUCCAAUUGUUGUUGACAAUUGUUGCCUUGUUCGGCGGUGUGAGUUUGGUACGGCCACUUGUCACCAAGAAAAAGGUAGAGGCCGGUUGGAAAGCGUAA